ACCUCCUGUUGCGUUCACUGUCCUCUUGUCGCAUAUUGAUCCCGCUGGCCGAUCUCUAGCUUUUGUAUCAGAAUGGUGUCCGUGGCGUAUAACGUUACGUCUUUGUCCGUAGUUUCUGGCUGAACGUAUCUGGCAUUUGGGGGCCUUAAUGUUCCGUGCAGCUAAUCUAAAAACCAUCGGCAAAGCGGGAACCGCCUGGCACUUCAGCCGGACGAUGGACGAGCUGGUCCACGACCUGGUGUCCGCGCUGGAGGAGAGCUCCGAGCAGGCCGCGCGCGGUGGUUUCGGCGACGGGGGCGACCACGCGCUGGCCGUGGGCUGCCUGCUGAAGAGGCAGUCUCGGAAGCGGAGGGGCCGAAAACGACGCUCGGACAACCCACACCCGCCGUGGGAGACGGGCCACCUGAGCGAGGGCUCGGAGUCCAGCGUGGAGGAACACAAGGACUACCGUGCCAGCACGGGGGGAGUCUCCGCCAACAGCCAUGCCCGGGACAACAGCGACUCGGACGAACAACUUGGGCCUAAACGGCGUGCCCCUCUAACGGCCGACUCCGGACGGGGCAAGCGGCCGAUUUGGCCCGACGACUUUGGCGUCCUGGGUUCCGCCGAGGGAACACGCAGCCUCCGGCGGAGACGGAAGGUGAAGCGCAUGGCCGUGGACCCGCCCGCGGAGCCAGAGCCGCUCUCCUGCACCAUGCUCGGGCCGCCGCCUGUCCCCAAGGCGCGUGCCGGCGCCAGGCCGCACAGACUGGGCGCGGGUGAGGUCAGGGGUGCGAUGGAGCUCUGCGGCGGUGGGCCGAUGGGGCCGGCAGGGGGGAAGAACAGGGUGAAGAAGAGGAAACUGGCUCCUUACAGGCUGGGAAUGGAGGCUGCGGAUGAAGGGGUGGUGGUGGAGAGCGAGGACCCCUUUGCCUCCCCAACAGAAGGGUCCAAGGACAAGAUGGAGUUGGAGGAGCAGAAGGGUUCAGACGAGGACAUGAGUGACAGGUGCGAGACCAGCAGUGUCAGUAACAGCAGCGACGGAGGCCUCUACACCAACGAUGAGGGGAGGCAAGCCGACGACGAGCAGAGCGACUGGUUCUACGAGGGCGAGCCGGGCUCCGGGUCCGCGCUCGGCGGUGCGUGUGGGAUAGCGGGCGUGGUUCCUUGGUGGGAGCGGGAGACGGGCUCAGAGGAGCUGGACCUGGCGGACCCGGUGUUCAACAGCAUCCUCACGGGGUCCUUCCCCCUCAUGAGCCACGGCGCACAGAGAGGGUUCCAGGCAAGGCUGAGUCGUCUCCAUGGAAACCAGCAGGCAUCUCAGGGAGCCAGCUCCAGUCAGGGCUUCGGCGACAGACUGGGCAGACCGGCCCAGGACCCCCAUGAGCCCUGGUUCAGCUCGAGGAGAGAACACGGACAGUUGCACUGGGACCCCCGGUCAGACAGAGGGCAUCGGAGGAGCUGCUCAGUGAAAACCGCCAGCCGACAGACCAGCGGGCACCUCGGCUCUCUGUGUACCGGGGAUGUCAAGCGGAGGCGAAAAGCAGCCCCCCUCGGUUCCGCCGCCCCCUCAGGUAUUGGACGCAAACCAGCUACACCCAACACACCAUCUGCCGUGGUCGGGGAGAACGCGGCUCCGAUCCCCGACUCCAACAUGGGCAGUCGGAUGCUGCAGAGCAUGGGCUGGAGCCCCGGGACGGGCCUGGGUCCGGAGGGCAGGGGCAUCACCGAGCCCGUCCGGGCCACGCAGAGACCCAAAGGCACCGGUCUGGGCUUCAACUGAACACCCGCCGUCUGGACCGCAAACCCGAAGCAGGGUGGGAGAAGAUGCCCGAAGACCCCCGAGGUGCGAGGGAGACGGACUCAGGGCGCUGAACGAUUAAAAAAAAAAAAAACGUAAUUAAAAAAAGAAAUAACGGUCCAGAGGGAUCCAGUCAUGUGAUUCAUGAGAAGGGAAGGAAUGAGGUUUUACUUAGAAACAGAAACAUCACUGUGAUGAAAGACAAACCUUCCCAUAUUGAGGAAACGGGACGGUGGAAAGACGCUGAGCUGCAGAAGAGACUCCCAAUGUCUUCUGAAGAAACUCCAUGUUGGAGAAAAGCAAAGGCAUCGACACCUAAUGUUUAGUUAUUCUGAGCCAGUGAGGACGGCACGGUUUGUUGUGGUGAAUCAAGGACGAACGGUUUCGUCCAAUAUUGCACAAUAACUUUGGACUCAAAGAAUGUUUGAGCAGGUCGGACCUCAACAUGUAUUUUUUAGGUGAUGAAGUAAGAUUAUACUGUCGGGACGUGUGUUCCACCAUCUGGACUCCUCCUUUUAUAAUAUGAUCAUUUAAUGGAAAGUCAUCAGAAUGUUGUUGUUUUUAAAUCUAUCCAAGAAGAUGAAAUGAAACUCGCUGUUCCUCUUGGUUUGACACCAGCAUGGAAGCAUGUGUGAGCUGUCCUUUAGUUACGGUAUUUAAUCCUGACGUGUUCUUAUCGUGUAAUUAGCCAGUGCAUGGCUAAUAAUACACGGCUGUACUGCUGUCUGGUGCUGUAAUUACACGCGUAUAAAGGUCCUUUUUAAAACCUU